ACUAUCUUGAACUAUCUUGAACUAUCUUGAACUAUCUUGAACUAUCUUGAACUAUUUUGAACUAUCUUGAACUAUUUUGAACUAAAGAACUUCCAAAGAACUUGCACUUGAACUUGUAUUUGAACUAGCACUUGAACUUGAACUAUCUUGAACCUUGAAUCUGAAACAUACAUACUGAAUGAAACUUGAAUCUGGAAAUCUUGAAUCGAAUCAAAACUGGAACAGAAUAUUUCUAAAGAUUGUAUUGCCAUUUUUAGAAGACAUAAUUAUUGUCAAUUAUAAAGAAAUUAUUGGUAGUUUCUAGAAGGAAUUAAAAGUAAACUGAAAUAAAAAGAAGAACAAUAGAGGGAAAGGAAUCUAACUCUAAUUCCUGGAACUUGAUAAGACCAUACUUACAGUUGAAAGCAGUAAUAUUGUAAAUCUUGGGAAAGAAAAAAAAGAGGUAUACAUUUUAAAGAGUAAAGUAGAUUGGAAAAGUAGUCGUUCAAGAUAAAUAUUGGAAGUUUGAAGGACUGUAUUGCCAUUUUAGAAGACAUAAUUAUUGUCAAUUACAAAGAAAUUAUUAGCAGUUUCUAGAAGGAAUUAAAAGUAAACUGCAAUAAUAAAAGAAGAAUAAUAGAGGAACAGGAAUCUAAUUCUAAUUCCUGGAACUUGAUAAGACCAUAAUUACAGUUGAAAGCAGUAAUAUUGUAAAUCUUGGGAAAGAAAAAAAGAGGUAUACAUUUUAAAGAGUAAAGUAGAUUGGAAAGUAGUCGUUGAAGAUAAUAUUGGAAGUUUUAAGGACUGUAUUUUAGAAGACAAAAUUGCUGUCAAUUAGAAAAAAAAUCUGGGCAGUUUCUAGAAGGAAUUAAAAGCAAAGUGAAAUAAAAAGAAGAACAAUAGAGAAAAAGCAAUCUAAUUCUAAUUCCUAGAACUUGAUAAGACCUCUAUUAGAAUUCAAAACAGUAGUAUUAGUAAUCUUGGGAAAGUAAAAAGAGCGUAUACACAGCAAAGAAUAAAGAAGAUUGAACAAAAUAGUGUGAAGAAGGCAAUAUUGCAAGUUUGAAAGACUGUAUUGCCAUUUUAGAAGACAUAAUUACUGUAAAUUAGAAAGAAAUAUUUGGCAGUUUCUAAAAGGAAUUAAAAACAAACUGAAAUAAAAAGAAGAACAAUAGCGAGAAAGCAAUUUAAUUCUAAUUCCUAGAACUUGAUAAGACCAUAAUCACACAAAAUUUGUGUCAAUAUAUAGAGUCCUAGAAAAGUGAGCGUUGUUGAUUGUAAAGAGAAAAGGAAAGAAAUCCUUCGAUAUAUAGUGUUCAGAAUUUUAAAAAUAAAAGUAAGCUUGAUUGUAGAGAGAGUAAGAAAGAAGAUUGGGUCAGGAUAAAUAUAUAGUUUUAGAAAUAUAAGUGAGGUUGAUUGAUUUGAGAAAGAAUAAGAAAGAUAUUUUGAUCAGGAUAUAAAGUGAACCUGUUUGCAGAGAGAGAGUAACAAAGAAAUUAGCAAUUUGGGAACUUAUAUAGGCCUACAAUACAUUUAGGCUAUUAAUGACCUACUCAUAAUUUUAAUAAAAAACGCCAUCUUGAGACAAAAACAUUAUAGCUCCUUAACACAGUACAAGCUAGUGUAUAUAAAGCUAGGCUAUUGAAAUACCAUAGAGUUUAAUAUCAGUAAGGAUUAGUUUUUCAUAAUUCACAAUAGGAAUAUUUAAAUAAAAGACUAUUGGAGUAAGGAAUAUAUACAGAACAUUAUAUAUCAAAGUUACAGAACCGUUAAUUGUAGACUUGUAAUUAUUAACCAGAACUGUUGCAAGUAUAUAAGCAAAAUUUACCAUGAUGGAUACAAUUGAAUUUAAGAAAACACUUGAUGAAAUCAUGAAUAUACUGACUAGUUGUGCAUUGGUGACCAACCCAGAUCUUAAUGAAUGCUGUAUCUGUAACAAUGAAAUCAAAGAAAAUGAAAGUGAUGCAAGAUGUGACUGUUGUAGUAAGCAUUUUCAUGUGACAUGUAUGGGAUUCCCUUGUGAAGACAGACUGAGUGACCUGACAUUGAUCUGGAUUUGUUCAUUUUGUGGCAAUAACAACAUGGCUCAUCGCAUGUUUGAUCAAGUAUGCAUCCCUUCUCAUUUCAAUAGAUACGAACUUCUUGGUGAUCAUGAUGAACACUGUUACUUGGAUUUGAACCAAUCAAGGACCCUAUCAAGUACGACCAACAAAAGAAAAUGUGGCAGAUCAAAGAAGAGAUCAAGGAUUUGCGAAAGUACAGAGUUCAUGCUGGUGGCAAGAAAAAAGAAGCAAAGAACAAGAAAGGUCGAGCAAGGAACAAGAAAGAAGCAGUCGAGGUUUCCUGAUUUGUAACGGACACAGUGUUGUACUUCGUACUCAAAGCUGGCAAGAUUAAGGAUUGUCGACCUGAUCCGUAUAUUGAAGUUGGAACAUUCCAUGAACCUUGCAAAGUGCUCAUUUUUUGACUGGGUUGGAGGAGGAGACAAGAUAAGAUUCCCUAUGCAGCUAUUUCACUGAUUGUGGCCAAGCAACACCAUACCAUUGCCCGGAAAAAACGUUAUGAUAAAUAAAAAAGACCAAUGUGCAACAUGUACGAAGUAUGACCAGUUGUCUGGAGAUCAGAAGGAGAAUUUCACGGAAACCCAUCUCGUACAAAAAACAGAGGCUCAAGAUGCCAAAGCAGUUCCUUGCAUCGUGUAAGACAGAAAAUCGUUGUGAAUAAGAUGGAGUGCAAAAGAGGACAUGCUUACAACAAGAAAUAUGCUGAUAAAUUUGACUUCGGUGCAUCAUCAGGAAAGAGCAAACAUCAUGCAACUUGCAAGGAAUGUCGCCGAGAUUUGUCAAUUUUGCAUGGCGGUUGUAAUGACAUUGUUGUUCAUUGCAAAUCAAAGCAACACAUCACUGCUUUCAAGUCUGAAUCGUCAGCACGAGAAAUAACAUCAUGGAUGUCAACCUCCAAGGAUUUUAAUAUAACUAGAGCUGAGUGCUUAUUUACAUCAUUUUAUUUGGAGCACAAUAUUCUUCUAUCAGCUGCAAGUCACAUGGGACCAUUGUUGAAAAAAGCCUUUCCUAAUUCUGAGGAGGUUAUGAAGUUUACCAGUGCAAGGACCAAACAUCUUGUCUUGUGCGUGAAAUGGCCAAAGAUAAACAAGGACAGAUCGUUUCAGCCAUGAAAGCACGGCCAAUUGCAAUAUCAACUGAUGGGAGUAAUGUCAGCGACAGUAAACCAUACCAAAUUGUGGCAUGCCUCGGGAAGUGUCAGUGCUUGGUUGCCCCAAUCAUCUAAUUGAUUCUGCUGCCAAAGAUGCGUCAUCUGCAUUACCAUAUUCAAUUGACUCGCUCCUUAUUGAUGUGUUCUACUAUCUGGAAGCCAGCGUGAACAGGAAAUUGAAUCUCAAGAAGUUCCAGAUGCUCAUUGGGAACGAAGUGCAGGCAGUUCUGAAACAUGCUUGUACGAGAUGGCUGAGCUUGGGCCAAUGCUUGCCAAGAUUUAUCCAACAAUGGCAAGCUCUAGUCCUCUUUUUUGAAGGAGAAGUGUCAGCCGAGCAGAAGACGCCUACUCAACAGACAAAGCAGAAGAAGCCUACUCAACAGACCAAGGCUACCAAGAAUAGUGUCCAGACUUCACUUGUUCCAAAGAAGCCAACUCCAGCUGUGAAAAAUGAACCUGCUCAGGGAUCUCAACUGAAGAAAAAGCCUGCUCACCAAACCAAGAUGACUGCACAACUCCAAGCAUUCUGCAUUCCCAAGAAGGUGUCUGCAGAUCCACCACAUGUGAGCAAACCUGCCAAGUCUCAGACCCAAGUUCAACUUCAAACACCACAGCCACAACACAGUAGACCUGCAUCUUCAAGCUCUACUACUCGGGAAAAACGACAAAUGAGGAAGCUUCGGAUACACCUAGAAAAAAGCAGAAGACUGGGAAAGUUGUUGGCAAGGCAACAGGCUCAACAGUGCUCAAGACUGGAACUUCCAGUCAUCCCAGUAUGAUUUCUAGUAAAAUGACUGGAAAUGAAAAAACAAGAUGUGGAGGAAAAAAAGAAACAAGACAGACAGUAAGAGAUAAAACAAGACAGGAAAGAAUUCUGAAUUCAUUGCACUCAAACCCAAUAUCAGCCACAGCAUCAUUGCAUUUCACAAGAAAAAUGUCAUCUUUCAGACGAGAAGUCCUCUGAUACAAAAGCUAAAAGGAAUACUAGAAAGUCUACUGCGUGACUUGUACAGCCAAUUUGUAGCUCCACAAGCAAUCAUUGCAGCCACAGACUUGACCCUUCUGGACUACAAGAACAAGGAGAAUCUUUGUGAAGAAUCUGAAAUGGUCAUAAAAAGCGCAACAAGAGAAAUUGUGAACACUUUAGAUGAGUCUGAUUGCCAUAAGUUCUAUGCAGCAGUGCAUUCAUAUUACACCAAGGCAUGUGACUACAUUGUAAGUAAGUUUCUAUUGAAGUCUGAUGUUCUCAUCCAUGUGCAAGUGGCUGACAUUGCAUAUCAGAAGGAUGCCAAAUUCACUUCUCUAAAGUUCUUCAUCAACAAGUUCCCCUGCAUGUUGCUUCAGGAAGAAGAAGAAGACAAGCACAGUGCCCUAGAUGCUCUGGAGAACCAGUUCCUUAUCUAUCAAAUUGCUCAGCUUCCGGACUUAGUGCAAAAUGAGGAAUCUACUGACAAGCAGUGGACAAGUAUGAUGACAGAAAAGAAUGUUUCUGGUGAACUGUGCUAUGACAGACUUGCAAAAGGGAUUCUAACCAUACCCCAUACCAAUGCUGAAUGUGAAAGGGUCUUCAGUCAGGUGCGAAAGAACAAAACUGACUUCAGAGGGUCCAUGAGCAACGAAACUCUAAAAAGUGUCCUUAUUACUAAGGCUCGCCAAACAACACCCUGCUACAUGAGGGAAUUUGACUCUGAUUUUCCAAAGAAAGCUCGUGAUGUGCGCUACGCGCACAUGAUAUUCAGUUUUACUUAAAUGUUACUAAUUGAAAAUUCCAAAGUGUUGGCAGCUAUGCCAGGCCAAGGUAGUUGCUGGAAAGAGGACUUUUGUCUCUGCUUCUUUUGAUUUGCAAAGUG